GCCACACACACAGGCCACUCACACCCCAGUGGCAAGGCGGAGGGAGCGGCACCUCCGGUGAUUCCCAACGGGCAUUGCAGGGGAAGAGCGGCGAUCCCCAGCGUGCACAGCCGGGGACAGGGGCGAUUCAGGUGGUUCCGGCGCAGAACGGAGGCGGAGGCCCAGCGACGAGCUUCCUGGGACAGCGCCAUGGACGCAUCCGCGAUUGGGCGACACGAUGGUCUCCUCCCCGGCAGUGUCCUCUCGUCGGCGAAGAGAGACUCGCCCUCCACGGGCUCUCGCCGCAGUGUGAGGAGUCGCUGGUGGAGGUCCUGCUCGCGGAGGGGAGCGACGACGAGUCCCCAUGAAUUUGCAGAGGGAGGGGGCGGUGCCGUCUUCAGGUGAGGCGGGGCGCGCCUAUGGCGCCGCCCACGAGCCGGAGGCCCUCCUCAAUUUGCGCAUGCUCGGUUGCUCUUCCACGCCGACGACGAGGAGGCCCUCUUGCUCUUCCGAGAUGACGACGGGGACCGAUGAGGCUCAAGGCGGAGGCGGCUGUGGACCACUGGUCGUUGACGACGGGGCCGUGCUCCGCCUGCUCAAGGCUCACGCAUACAAUAUACACCAUGGAGCUGAAUUCAAGAUAUGUCAUGGCAGUUUCAACCCCACAGUUACCUGCCCCGUCGAGGAGCGCCGCCCCUAUGAGGAUAUCCCCCGGUUUGAGUGUGACGGCCUCGACAGCCUCCCGAUCGCCCCACCCCCUGCGUUGGAUUCUGAUUUCCUUGUCAGUGUGAUGAUGCUUGCGAUUUGCAAGGGCAUCGGAGCUCUGUGGGUUACUCGACGAAGGCAAAUCAGGUGACCGUUGUUUCCUUUUUCUGGAAAAAUGUAGCUAUUGCUCAAUUCACAUAUGUGGGAUGCUCGGUUCGGUUCAGUUAGUUGUACAGUCUAUUUUUUGAUGAGCUUGAUGCACUUUGUGUUUUAAGGAUUUUAUUUGAGAUAGUGCAGUCAUAUUAGCUUCUGAACCUGGAGUGUCCAUGGAGCAUUGAGUGGGAAAAUUCCAUUUUUUCUGGAGUUUUGUUCUUGAUUGGAUUGUGAAUGAGGUCACUAAUUGUGGUUCUGCGGUUGACUUCUUAAAGCCAUUAGUGCUAGUGAUCAUACGGAAGCACUUUAGCACCAGGUGACUUACUAGUUUUGCUUGACCUGGUCCAAUAAAUAAUUUUGCCAUGAUAAAUAAACUACAUUUGCAAUGGUUUGCCAUCUGUCUCCCCCCUCCUCCUCCCCAACUCCCCCCUCCCAAGUUGUUACUGCUCUCAAGUUAAUCUAUAGAUGCUUUUUUCAGUUAGCUCCCAUGAAAACAUGACAUUUUUGGGUCAGUUUUGUGUAGAAAGAU